AUUGACAUUGGCCAAAAGUUUAUGAUAACACCUAUUUUAUUUGGCAGCAAAGCGAGAAACGCACGCUCAACACACCAUGCUUGCUGUCUGCCGCCUCCGCACAACGCAAACCUUUGCAAAUGUGCAUAUUAACUGUAGCCAUGACAACAUUAAAACCUUGCUGUUCACAGAGACGGCAGCACUGCACAAGGGAAAAUGUGAAGACCCAUGAAGAAAUGGAUUCACUUGAUGCCCAGAGGAAAUACCUGGUGACCUGCUCGGAGUCCCUUAUAUUGAGCCAUGGUCAGGGACCAGGUUUGGACCUGGAGGAGAAAGAGUCUGACCCUCAACAAGUUGUUAUGGUCAAUCUGAGCCGCUUACUGCUGAAAAACCUGGAUAAUUUGGGAAGUUGCAGGUCACUAACAGUAUGCAUUUUGGCGGACAAUUUUAUAUCCAAGAUAGAUGCUCUCAUCACAUGUGUGCAUAUAGUGAAGUUGGAUCUUAAAGGAAAUCAGAUAACCCAACUCCCCGGCGUAGUGUUCUGGGACAGCCUGAGACGACUCCAGCUUCUCCAUCUACAUGACAACAACAUGGGGACUAGAAAGAACAUUGAGGGGUUGUCAGGCUGUCCUAACCUUACGGCGUUGACCCUCUACGACACACCGCUCAGCCUAAAGGGAAACUACAGACACUGCAUCAUCAACAGCAUCUGGUCACUGAAGGCUCUGGAUAACUAUGUGGUCUCUGACGAGGAGAUCAUUGAAAACUGGAUUCUCCCUCUGCAUUUCAAACCCCUCUAUCCUAAUUUUUACUUGAACCUCUAUCCAACAGCUAAGACGGGGCCUUAUCAGAGUGAAAUGAGAGCAAUCCAUAAGAUUAUAUCAGAGGUCAAUAGGAUACAGUCCGUUUAUUCUCCAACGUUGAUCAUCCAACGAUGGAUCAGGGGACAUCUGACCAGAAAAAGGCUUGGACUUGUCCCUGCUGUGCCGAGCCGUAAGAGGUUCAGCCUCAGAGUCCAUCUGUCUCCCAUCCCCUCUGUGGAGACAGACAGUCAACAGACCCAGGGGGAGACAUGGGUCAAAGAGUGCAUAGCUGAACAGCACCUGCAGAGGCACGAGGAGCGAGAUGCGAAAAUCAAGAGUUUGUAUGUGAAUCUGAAGAAAUUGGUGCAGGCUGGUAGCCCAGAGGUUUUACAAGAGGUGGUGACAAGCCAGGUGUCUUUAGAGGCCAAUAAACAGAAAGACAUCAGUCCUCCGCAUAACACCCCUCAGAACAGUAAGACCCUGAGGUCCAGCAGAGCCAAGCACAGUGAGGGGGAAAGAGACUUCACUGCUACAGAGGAGUUCUAUGAAGAGAAGCUUGGGAAAAUGUGUUUCCGCCUCAUCGGCUUCAAGGCUCUGGUCCACCAGGUCGAGCCUGUCAGCGACAUGCUCAUCUCCCGGCAACAGGGGGGACAGGACAUCCGCAGCGCCAUCCGCCUGUUCCACACACAGCGUCCCGAGCCACCCAAGCUGCCUCACCCUCGGCCGCCCCUAAUCAACGCCGAGAAGCAUCUGAUGGGUCGCUGCCUCGGCUCCAUCAGCCUAGCCCCCUUCCAGGUGAUUCAGCGGGCCUACCGGAUGAGGGAGCAGGCCGAGGCCCUGCAGAGGAGGGCCCAGCAGGUGGCCCGUUCCCAGGCUCGGAGGGAGGGCGCCCAGGGCCAGCGCCACGGCCUCCUGGAGACCCGCAGGAAGGAGGUGCUCCAGGUGAGAGAGAAGGAGCAGGAGGAGGUGGAGGGGGCCCUGGCCCUGCUGAGAGCCAGCCGGGACAGGGAGAUGCAGGAGGUCAGGCAGAGACACGCUGUGUUCCUGGAGGAGAAGAGGAGGCGGGCGUCGGAACGGGCCAUGGUUGUUGCUUUCAGCAGGCAGCAUGCGUUUCUGUCCAAGACGGUCAACAGGCAUGCUGUGCGGCAGAGGCAGAGUCACACCCAGCAGGAGAGGAGCGACAUGGUUGCCAGCAGCAAGCAGCAGGCCAGGAUUCAGAGGGAACUCAUAAUGGGGUGCAUAGAGGACAGGCAACAGUCUCUAAAGGAGGAGGCCAUUGCAUCCAGAGUGAACAGAGACACUUAUCUGGCCACGAAGCACACCUACCAACUCCUCCGAGCCCAGGAGAGAGUGGCCAGUGUGAAGGCCAGCCAUGCCAAGAUGGAGGUCCUGCAUCCUGUACCGGUCAACCAGACUGCCUGAUCACCACCUCUGGUCCCCCUGUAUCCCUCUACCAUGCUUCUCAAGAGUUAAAUGCUAUGAACCGUU